AUGGCAAACCACGACUGUCAAAGUUCUACGAGCAUUAUUGUGUGCGUGAGUGUGUGUGUGUGUGUCUGUGUGUGUCUGUCUGUGUCUGUGUGUGUGUGUGUUUGUGCUCUCAGGUUAAUCGGCGGCUCGGACAACAAGCUGAUCUACAGACACUACGCCACGCUGUACUUCGUGUUCUGUGUGGAUUCGUCCGAGAGCGAGCUGGGCAUUCUGGAUCUGAUCCAGGUGUUGGUUGAGACGCUGGAUAAAUGCUUCGAGAACGUGUGUGAGCUGGACCUGAUCUUCCACGUGGAUAAGGUGCACAACAUCCUAGCGGAGAUGGUGAUGGGCGGCAUGGUGCUGGAGACCAACAUGAGCGAGAUCAUCACGCAGGUGGAGGCGCAGGGCAAGAUGGAGAAGUCUGAGGCUGGGAUCACAGGGGCUCCGGCGCGCGCCGUGUCGGCCGUGAAGAACAUGAACCUGCCAGAGAUGCCCAAGAACAUCAACAUUGGGGACAUCAGCAUCAAAGUGCCAAACCUACCAUCUUUUAAAUAGUGAACACUGCACACGAGUGUGAAACUGUGUUUACCAGAGUCCAGCAGAUCUUGAGUUGCAUCACAGACGAUGAAAGCACUGUGUGAUACUGUCAAUGAAGUAUUUAU